UUCAAAAUGGCGGACCUAGCUGACAACAUCCCCGAUGCGGAAUAUUAUUCCAAUGUUGAUGGUGAAUAUGUUGUUGUCAAUGGAGAAUCACAUCUUAUUAACACUGAUACAGAUAUUCUGAAGCUAGACGAUAACCCAGAUCAACUAGACGAGCCGCUUGGUGAUGAAAUGGACGAUAAUAUCGGAGUCGGACCUGCGGGCACUGACGACGAAGACGAUGUCGAACUUUCACCUGAUGGUAUCCUGGACGAGGAGACAGUUGGCCGUGGCUUGUCCAACCUUGGUCGAUCCGCAGAAGGGGCUUAUCAAGUGUAUUUACACUGUACAGUGCCUGGCUUCAACUUGACAGACAUCAGCAUCUUGGCAGAAUAUGUCCAUUUACAAAAAGUGGAGAUUCCUUACAACGAAAUUACAGACCUGUCCCCACUGAGCAAUCUGGAGCACCUGCUGAUACUGGACGCCUCCCACAACCAGAUCCCCAGGGUCCUGGACUUCACCCCUCCUAAGAACCUGAUGCUAGUUGACCUCUCCUUCAACCAGAUCGAGGAGAUGAAUGACCUCUCUGCUCACCACUUCCUGAAGAAACUCAACCUUGACAACAACAAGAUUCAUGAACUGAAGGGAUUGAACAACUGUAAAAGACUCUCAUUUCUUAGCAUGGCACACAACAAGAUUGAAAACCUGCAGGGUUUAGAGGGCUUGCCUAUUCAGCAUCUAAAUAUGUGUCACAACUCCUUAACAAGGAUUGAGAAUAUAGAAUCUCUCACAUACCUAAGGCACCUGAACCUGUCCGGGAACAAGAUCCGCAGUCUCUCUGGUCUGGAAGGUCACGACAUGUUAGAGUACAUUGACCUGGAAAACAAUGAGGUGAUCGACAUCAGUGAGAUGAAGUACUUGAUGAAGUUGAGGAUGUUGCGACAACUGAACCUGCUGCAGAACCCGGUACAGGAGUUGCCUGACUACCGACUCUCCAUCCUCUUCAGGCUCCAGAGUCUCACCGACCUCGACAGGAUGAGAGUUGAAGUGGAGGAGAAGGUUGCAGCCAGGAACAUGUUUGACCCUCCGCCAGAGGUCGUGGCAGCCGGGGAUCACAUGAUGCAUGUGGUGUACAACUUCCUGCAGCCAAGCAGAGUGUGGGACAGUACUUUACCAAACAUUGAGACUGUGUACCCUAUGCUGGUCCUCGUGGGUCCUCAGGGUUCAGGGAAGAAAGACCUUGCUCUCAAACUUACAGAAGAAUUUUCUGAUUACUUUGGUUAUGGCAUGCCAGACACAACAAGGAAGCCCUACGCUGAUGAAGUCCAUGAGAAAGACUACAACUUUGUCUCCAUUGAAAAGUUUGAGAUAGAUAUCAAAAUGGGUCAGUUCAUCCAGUCCAACGAAUACCAUGGUGACUGGUAUGGUCUCCAGAUGGAGUCUGUAGAGGGUGUGGCCAGGGAGGGGCUGGCUUGUGUGGUCCAAAUGGAGCUGGAGGGGGUACUGUCGCUGAAGAACACUUACUUUGAGCCGAGGUACGUGCUGAUCCUUCCACUGAACCAUGAGGCUCACGAGCGCCGACUCCGAGAGAGGGGCGUGUACUCUGAGCAGCAGAUCAAGGACACUCUGAAGAGAGCCGAGAUGUACAAGGACUACAACCAGGAACAUCCAGGCUUCUUUGACAUGCUGAUCAACAGUGAUGACAUCCAAGAUGGCUACCGUCGCCUGCGUCAUCUGGUGAUGGACUACCUGGGCAUUGGCUCCAUGUCGCCCAACAUGAUGACCGACCCCACCAACAACUAUGAGGAGGCCCAUGGGGAGACUGAUAUGUACCCUCUGCCAGGUGCUGCUUCUGCCACCAUGAUGGGGGCACGCACCUGGUCGAAACCAAGCCUUCCCGACAGCAUGUCACAGACCAGAGGCAAAGUUACCUCCCCUGCUACAACAGGAAGAGGGAUAGUGGAGGAGGAGUCACUGCGGAGGAGACACAGUGCAGCUAAGGGGGUAGUGGCGGGCUAUGUGCCACCCCUGUAUGAACAGCUGCUCACUGGAUAUCCCAAGACAGCCCCUCAAGCUGUGGACGACCAGGUAGGUCUGGGUGAUGAGAUGGACCCUCGGGCCUUCUCCGCCCCCGUCAACACCAUCAACGUGGGGAACAGCGGCGCCCUUCCGCCUGCAUCACCCGACUCCAGCACUGAUGAUGCAAGUUCCGGCUCGGGGUUCUCGGACUUAGACUCUGCAACAGAGCUACAAAGAGGCAGCACCCCACCCAGUCAAAACGAUGCUGCUAAAGGCCUCUUGCCUACGGAAACUGUUAACCCACUUGAACUGAUUUCUGAGCAGGGAUAUAAAUCUGCCUCCAACACUGAGCUCCCUGCUCCACGACCACCCUCCGCACCUCGACCCGACUCACGGAACAGACCGGGUUCAGAUCGACAUAAAAUCUUGCCACCCAUCAACCAAACACAAACAGUUCCUGUGUCAUAGCAACCUGUUGAAGUAGUCAAGCUUGUCUGUGAUUUAUAACAAAAACAUGAUUGUUCAUAUAUUGAUUUGAUUAAGAAAUUGGAAUUAUGAUUACUUGAUCUCUGAUAACUGGAAAUGAACAAUAAAGCCCAAAUCCUGUUAAUGUCUCAUCAUGUGACUUUCUAUCAGAUUGUCUUUCAAAAUAUUAUCGAAAUUCUUAAAGUAUGAAACUUAUUGAAGUUGUUUUAAGUUAAGUUUCCGAUGUCAACCAUGAUCCAUACCACUGUAUUGAAAUCCAAUUGAGUUGCUCUAUGAUCUGUAUAUCUACUGUCAGUUAAUAUAUGUUCCUGAUUAUUUCAUGUCAUAAAACAAGUGGUUACAUGUUGAAAUAUUGUUUAAUUUAUUCCAAGUUGAUGUGUAAAGUUUCAGAUAUUGACAGCCGAGAACCAUGCCGUAGGAUUUAAUUCAGAUUUCAUUUAUCUAUAACUGAGAAUUGCAAUUUAGUUAAUUUCCACAUCAUUGUCAUGUUAUGUUACAUGCACCCAUGUGUAACCAUGCUUGGGUGUAAAUGACACCUCUAAGUGUACAUAGAAGGGUAGAUGAUAGAUCUUUUCAUAUGAUCCAUGUUCUUUAUGAUCCACUGUUCUGCGAUACUUUGCUUGUUUUGUAAAUAAUAUAUGUAAUGUUCAUAUUGUGCUUUUGGAAUGUGAAAUUAUUAAAUGUAUACUUUGAA